CGAGAGCAGCUAGCCGCCAUUUUCUAAGCGUCUCUCCCUAAAACGAGAGAAAAAGGCUCGCCGCGAACCGCCUCCCGGAUUACGUUUCUGUCCCCGGGAAGCGGGCCUCUCGCCCCAGGACUGCCGUGGGGUCGCCCACGCUUCAAGUAAUUCUGGUUCGGACGGACCGUUUCGCGGCCCUUGGCUUAUAUUCGCCGCGGCGGCGAGGCGAGCGAGGUGUAGAUCGUUGAUUCGCCCAGCCAUUGCCGAAUCCGGAACGAAGCCGAGCCGAGCUCCGAAACCCGGGGCCCUUUUUCGUGUUCUGGUUGGAUUCUUUAUAUUUUUGUGAUUUAUUCAUGGCAGAGUGAUCGAGUGAAGCCUCGUGUAUUUGUGUUAGUGGCUUUUUUUUUUAACCCAAACUGCAGGGGACUGUUGCCGAAAUUCCCUCGGAUAGUGCAACCUCGUCACGUGGCUGUCCUCAGGUGGGGCAGUAAGCGGGUGGAGUGGAGCAGGCCGCGGUGCCCGUCCCUCUGCACUGCAUGGCUGCGAUGGCGCCCGCUCUCACUGACGCCCCAGCCGAAGCUCACCACAUCCGCUUCAAACUGGCUGCCCCAUCCUCGAGUUUCUCACCAGCCAGCGCAGAGAACAACGGUAACGCCAGCAACAUCCUCAUCCACAGCAGCGGCCCCGCCAAGUGCAAGGUCGGCACCGAAGACUGCCCUCUUGACUUCUGCGGCGGCGACCAGGAGCAGCAGCAGCAGCCGCCCCAAGCUGACCCCGUGUCCCAGGCCUCGGCCUUGGGCAAACUCCAGCCCCUAGUGGCUUCGUAUUUAUGCUCUGAUGUGACAUCGGUCCCUGCAACCAAGGAGUCAAUCAAGCUGCAAGGAGUCCUCCUCAAACAGUCUGUGCUGAAGAACCACAGAAUACUGCCCAGCUCCCUGCUCAACGGCGGGGGAGACUUCCUCCUGAGGAAGAGGCAGGCCAUAGAACUGUCAGGCGGUCAGCUGAAAAGCCUCAUGAGCGGCAGCACAAACGGGAGUGGCCAGUCCAUGACACCUGUCAACGGCCUGGCCAGGAAGCUGGCCACCAUGUCGGGCUCGGGCUGUGUGGUAGCGGUGAACGGUGAGAAGCCUCCUGCUGCCACAGACUCUCAGUCCCAGAAUCUGCAGCUGGACUCGGAGACCUUUACAGCUACCAUAUCAGGCCACAUCCCGGUCAAAGAAAACCUCAAACAGAAGAGUUCUGCCGGAGCUUCUCAAAAUGCAGAUGGGAAUAACCUUGAACCACCUGUGCUUCAUUCUGCUGCUCUACCCCCCUUUACCCAGGACAACCCGAACCCCUCUGAGCGAGUUUGUUUGGAAGAGGGCAGUUCACAAACGAGUACUGGUCAGACACAUGCCUCUGAUGGGGAGAGGCCGGGCAGCAGCCAGCAGAGCUCCCCAACCUGCACAGCUGCACCCGAGUCGCCUCUGCCGUGCGGUUCCUCCUCGGACAGCCUGGACGCUCACGUUCGAGAGCGCACGCUUCUCAGCGGCAGGCGACAAGCCGAGAUCGAAAACAGACUACGGCGUCUGCGCAAACGUCUUCAGGUGGUGCAGGCCAAGCAGGUGGAGCGGCACAUCCAGCAGCAGCUGGGUGGCUUCUUGGACUCGGCUCUUAGCAGGCUACGAGCCGGCAGCCGUAAAUCAGAGGUGGCCCCGUCUUCGGCCUCGUGGAGGAGCGGGCGCCACUCGUCCUCGAACAACAGAGACGGCCUCAGUCGGUUCCUGAAGAGCGGCUCCAUGCCCCUGGAGCUGGAGAAGCUGUAUCUGAGUGGAUCGGCCAACCUUCAUUCAGCUGAAAGCGCCUUUGACUCAGACGUAACGGAAAGCAGCUCUGGUGGGGACUCUGACCUGGAGGACGACGAGCUGUCCAGGGUGGACGUUGAGCAGCGACAUGUCAAAAUAUGGAAACGAGCGGAGAGUCGCUACACGGUGGAGAGAGCCGCCAUCAUCAGCCACUGGAACUGGCUCCAGGCCCACAUCUCGGACCUGGAGUACCGCAUCCGGCAGCAGACGGACAUCUACAGACAGAUCCGCGCCGGCAAGGGCUCGGUGGAGCUGGGCGGCGCCGCCCCCUGCAGCGCCACGCCGACGGGCGGGACGGAAACAAAGACGGAGGCUGCGAACACUCAGGACGACGGCGCAGAACGGCUGGAGAACCCGAGCCUCGCCCACAUCAGCAGCACCGAGCCGGGCCCGUGGAAAGGUCCGACCGGGCAGCCGGUGAACGGCGUCCUCAGCAGGAUGGCGGACGGCGCCGACCCGAAGCUCCAGGCCCUCGACGGCACGUGCGUGGCGGCUCGCACGCGGCCGCUGCUCGGCUGCCGGCGGCGGCGGCUCGUUCAGCCCAACACGGUGACCAACCUCAACGGGAAGGCCUCGAGGAGCAGCUGUGUCCCGUGCGCCUGCAGGGUGAACCCCGGCUGCGUGACCUGCGGUGGCUGGCCCACCCCCAGAGAGGAGCCCCAGUACGAGCUGCCCACCCUGGAGCGCCUGUCAAGGCUGGAUCUUGGCGUCCACCCCAUCCUGUCCUUCUCUGACGACGUGUCGGUCGGCCUGCGUCUGCAGCAGGUCAUGAAGAGUCAGUGGCAGACGAAGUCGCUGGAGAGGAGCAAACCGCUGAAGAAGCUCUCGCUCAAAAACAAGCUGUCCUCGUCCAAAGAGAAGCACAAGUUCACCAACUCGCUCAUGGCUGUCAGACUCAGUCACUAUAAGAACCGUGUGGAGAAGCAGCGGGCGGGCAGCGCACUGAGCGCGCCCAGACUGGACAACCAGGCCGGCUGCAAGACGGAGCGCCUGCACGGCCUCUCAGGACCCUACGACAAGAACUACAGCCGCAAGAGGGUACGGGAGCCGUCGCUGGACCGGACCGACACCUCCCCAAAACUGUUCCUAGACUCGAGCAGCCCCUGCUCCACGCUGCCCAACAUGCACCCGGCGCUCCACAGUCCCCUGACCCGCCAGCUGUCCACGUCCUCGGAGAACUCCACGCCGCUCGGGCCCGGCAGCGUCUCCGGCACACCACUGCAGCCAAUCAAACGGCGGCGAGGCGAAAGCUCCUUCGACAUCAACAACAUCGUGAUCCCCAUGUCUGUGGCCGCCACCACCCGGGUGGAGAAGCUGCAGUACAAAGAGAUCCUGACGCCCAGUUGGCGGUCGGUGGACAUUUUCUCUCAGCCAAUCACUGAAGAGGAGAACGAACGAGAGGUGGAGGACCUCUCGGAGGCAGCCUUCAUCCAGCUCCACCAGCCCUACGAGGACCAGGAGCGGUCCCGCUGGACCUGGAUGGCCCUGGCUCCGGCCAAGAGGAGGGGCAGCAGGUCCUAUAAGUCUGUGGACGGGAGGACCACCCCCCUGCUGUACGGGACCAACCCUCCCACCCCCCAGCCUGCGUCCCCGGACCCCGGACACUAUCCCUCGCUCCACGAUUACAGCCACGUGCUGUCCCCCAUGAGCCCGGCCAGCCCCGACGCCUCGUCCAACCCCCACACGCCGUGCUCCAGGGACUCGCACAGACUGCUGUCCAACGAGGACACGAGGUGCUCCACGCCGGACUUCACCUUCGAGGAACGGACGGUGGCGCCGUGGGAGCGCCGUAGCUUCCCCAUGCCGGAGGACCCGGCCCUGGAGCCCGACCCGGUGGUCCGACCCCGGGUGCGCAGCAUCUCCGGCUGCCGAGCGGCGCCGUACGGCCGCCUGGACUCUGACGACUCGGAGCUGCCCUGCGACGACGACAGUGGGUCCAAACUCAGAAGCUCCACCCACCGAUGAGUGACGGACAGCUGGGCGGGGCCAGCCCCGCCCACACGCAGCUCCUCCGGCAUUAACGAGCAGAACCUGGACGCUGACUCGGAUCUAAAAUGGGUUCCUGUUGUUUGAUAUUCAAACACCAGAAUAAUUUCACAGUUUUUAGUGAACUUUAUGGAGAUAGAAGCCUUUCCCUUCACUUUGUCACAAAGAAAAAAAGCUAAGUGUAAUUUAAAAAAGUAUAAAACACGUUUAAAGAGUUCUGUAGUGGCUGAACGAUGUACAUGGGGGCUCCGUGGUGUUUCAUACGUGGCGUGAAACUCGUAGCGCACGAUGUAGCCGACUCCUCAAAACAUGGCCAAAGGGUGUUUUCUAUAGUUUGCUUGUAAAUCCCCAUGUACAUUUUUAGUGGAGUGACAAACAAAAACAGGAAAACAAUUUAAAAAAAAAAAAAAACCACCCCCUCUCCCCAUCAGAUCCAGGUCCAUCUGACCCCCCUCCCACCACCAGAGGGCGCCUGAGCACUUCUCUCUAACUGCCAAGUCUCUUUCGCUUUUUGUUUCCAUUCCUGUUUGUUUGUUUGUUUAUUGCUCCUGUUGGUUCAGUAACAUUUUUUAUUUGUUUAUGGAGUAAAAUCAUUCCUCCGGUCCGUUGUGGGGGGGCUCCUCGUUCAGAUGGGGGGGCUCCUCCUUUUCGUUGCUCGCCUGGCAGAACGCUGCUGCAUGUUGAGGAGAAACAUUUAAUCUGAUCACAGUAAUCCCAGCUAAUCUCACCGGACGUGGCUGUAAAUCAAACUGUUCCUGCUUUUUACUGAACUCCAAGUGUAGCAGCCGUCAGACGCUCAGGUCGUUCCUUCUGAUCAGAACCGGGUCUGUCUCUGGCCCCGCCCCCUCCACUUUAAAUUGCUAUGCAAAAAAUCAAAAACAAACAAAAAAAUCUUUUGUUUCUCACCACAGCCAUUCACUGUUCUUUUUUUUUUUUUGUAGUUCCAGAUGUGGAUGUUCCCGUCGGGUUGUUGCAGCAGUUAACCUAAUCAAACAGCUGAGUUUCCUUUUUGUGUAAAUAGUCCUAUUAAAACAUUUAUGUUUAACUCGGCCCGCUGUCCCGCCUCAGUCAUUGACCCACUCGACUCUUUGAAGCGUUUAUUUCAAAUACACAAACAUCAGGAACCAGUUUCAUUAACGGCACGAGAACAACCAC